CUCUUCAAUAGAAGAAGAGUUUCAGCCAUUACAUUCACUCACAGCCAGGUCGGACCAGCUUGGUGGAGGACAGGUCAUUAGCAACCCGAGAAAAAUGCUAUCCGUCAGAGUUGCAGCAGCUUUGGCUAGAAGCCUUCCCAGGAGGGCUGGAUUUGUUUCCAAGACUGUCCCAGCCGCCUGCGUUGGGGUCAACCACCUCCACACUCACAGACCAUGGCUGCAGAAGAUGGGCACAGCCGAGGUGUCUUCAAUCCUGGAGGAGAAGAUCUUGGGAGUUGACACCUCUGCUGACCUGGAGGAGACAGGACGUGUGCUGUCCAUUGGUGACGGUAUUGCCAGAGUGUAUGGGCUAAGAAAUGUCCAGGCUGAAGAGAUGGUGGAGUUCUCCUCUGGGCUCAAAGGCAUGUCUCUGAACUUGGAGCCUGACAACGUUGGUGUUGUGGUGUUCGGUAAUGACAAGCUGAUCAAGGAGGGUGACAUUGUAAAGAGGACUGGGGCCAUUGUGGAUGUUCCUGUUGGCGAGGAGCUGCUGGGCCGUGUGGUGGAUGCUCUGGGAAAUGCCAUCGAUGGAAAGGGUCCUCUGGGUUCCAAGACUCGCAGGCGUGUGGGUCUGAAGGCCCCUGGUAUCAUCCCACGUAUUUCUGUGAGGGAGCCCAUGCAGACUGGAAUCAAGGCUGUGGACAGUCUGGUGCCCAUUGGCCGAGGCCAGCGUGAGCUGAUCAUUGGUGACAGGCAGACUGGCAAAACUGCCAUUGCCAUUGACACAAUCAUCAACCAGAAGCGUUUCAAUGAUGGAACUGAUGAGAAGAAGAAGCUGUACUGCAUCUAUGUCGCUAUCGGACAGAAGAGGUCCACUGUGGCUCAGCUGGUGAAGAGGCUGACUGAUGCAGAUGCCAUGAAGUACACCAUCGUGGUCUCUGCCACUGCCUCUGAUGCUGCUCCUCUGCAGUACCUGGCCCCCUACUCUGGCUGCUCCAUGGGAGAGUACUUCAGAGACAAUGGCAAGCACGCCCUGAUCAUCUAUGAUGAUCUGUCCAAGCAGGCUGUUGCCUAUCGUCAGAUGUCCCUGCUGCUGCGUCGUCCUCCCGGUCGUGAGGCUUACCCUGGUGAUGUGUUCUACCUGCACUCCCGUCUGCUGGAGAGAGCUGCCAAGAUGAACGACAACUUUGGCGGUGGCUCCCUCACUGCCCUGCCCGUCAUCGAGACUCAGGCCGGCGACGUGUCUGCCUACAUCCCCACCAACGUCAUCUCCAUCACAGACGGACAGAUCUUCUUGGAGACAGAGCUGUUCUACAAGGGUAUUCGCCCAGCCAUCAAUGUUGGUCUGUCUGUGAGCAGAGUGGGUUCUGCUGCCCAGACCAGAGCCAUGAAGCAGGUGGCUGGUACCAUGAAGCUGGAGCUGGCUCAGUACCGUGAGGUGGCUGCCUUCGCUCAGUUCGGUUCUGAUCUGGACGCUGCCACUCAGCAGCUCCUUAACAGAGGUGUUAGGCUUACUGAACUGCUGAAGCAGGGACAGUACUCUCCCAUGGCCAUUGAGGAACAGGUAGCAGUUAUCUAUGCUGGUGUCAGAGGUCACCUGGACAAGAUGGAGCCCAGUAAGAUCACAAAGUUCGAGAAGGCUUUCCUGCAGCACAUUCUCAGCCAGCAACAGGACCUGCUCGCAGCAAUCAGGGCUGAUGGCAAAAUCUCAGAGGCAUCAGAUGCUAAAUUGAAGCAAAUUGUACUGAACUUCUUGUCCAGCUUUGAGUAAUGGAUUGCACUUGUCAUGAUCUUCAGUGAGCUUACCUGUCUGUGUCCCCAUAAAGCUUAUAUAUGUGAACACACUGAAGGCCGAAACCUCCAUGUACAGAUUCCUCCAAAUAAAAUUUUACAACCCU